AUGGCCGAAUUAUAUAGAACUAUCUCGAAUCUGGAACGCCAACAUAAACGCUCUCAGCUUAAUGCGAUAUACGGUGAACUAAUGGAACAAAGGAGGAAACUUACAAACCUUAUUUUGAAAAGACAUCUCCGCUCGGUACAACGCACGAAGGGCUUUUACUAUGUACACGCCAAUAAAGGGGGCAAGUAUCUGGCGAGACUGCUCAAAGGCCCCCAACCUCAUCGACAAAUACGUAAGAUCCGUCUGACCUCGGGGGAGAUCUCCCCGUUCCCACAGAAAAUUGCGGAGGAGUUUCGGUCGUUUUACAAACGCUUAUACAAUCUCUAUGAACCUAACGGAGCCGCUGAAGACGCGAGAGUACACGCCAAGACACGGGAUUACCUAUCUG